AUGGCUACGUGUGGACUUCUAGCUGUGUUAGUUGCACUAAUAUCUGCAUCAUCGGUCCUCUGUCAAACGACGUACACCAGUGGACUUCAAGUUUCAGCAACGAUCCUCAGGAACGGAAACUCUGCACCAUGGAACGCAGAGACUGAAAUGGACAGCAACCCAAGAAAAUGGGAUAAAAUGAAAGCUGAUGUCUGCUCACUGCUGUCCGGUACAUUGAGUUUUCUAGCAUCUACUUCAAUACAAGUCAAAGAAUGUGUCUUCAGACGGAUAUUUGGCCAUCCAGACCGAGGUCGGUUGGUGGUCAGUUUCGGUGACACUUCUAUGCAUGAAAGCGAAGUAACUCUAGUCCCGUUUUUUGCUGGACUUACCGCGGUACUUGAAGUGCUAGCGGAGAACAACAGGAAUCAAGGUGGUCGCGUUCUUGGGGAGUUUACCAAACAACAAUGUAAGUGCGUUGGAUCCCCAUGGUAUACUUUGCUGUACAAAUCAUAUAAUAGUUAA